AUGAAGGCCAGUGCUCCUAAGCCCAAGUGGAGCGACGUCUCAGCAAUGAGUUCGACCACGAAAAGCUAUUGGGCCCAAUGGGACAGCUUGCUGAUUCAGGAUGGAGUCCUGUGCCGCAAAUGGGAAAAUGGUCGGGGAGACAGAUGUCAUUUGCAAAUGGUUGUCCCUAAGGCUAAAGUUCCGGAUGUUCUACAGCUGUACCAUAGUGAUUGUUCAGGAGGCCACCUGGAAGUUAAACGAACUCUACUGAAGAUCCGAGAACGGUUUUACUGGGUCCACUGUCGUGACGAUGUCGAGGACUGGUGCCGCAAAUGUACAAGUUGUGCGACUGUAAAGGGACCUCAAAUUCGUAAUAGAGGUGAAUUGAAAUUGUACAAUGUUGGUGCACCAUGGGAGAGGAUAGCCAUUGACGUUGCAGGACCGUUUCCGGAAAGUGAAAGUGGUAACAAGUAUUUCAUGGUUGCGAUGGAUUACUUCACUAAGUGGCCAGAAGUCUUCGCCAUUCCAAAUCAAGAAGCUUCAACAGUUGCAGAUAAACUAGUUCAUGAAGUCUUCUGUCCUUUUGGAGUACCUUUAGAGAUUCACAGCGAUCAAGGAAGGAAUUUUUAG